CGCAAAUUUUAAGGGACAAGGUAUAUUUUGUUUAUCAACAUGGCGUCGGCUGAUUUCAGAGACAACCUUCUUGGCAUAUCAUGGGUGGACAGCGGCUGGGUGCCGAUUCUCAAUCCUGGGAAUGUUCUGGAUUACUUCUCUGAAAGAAGCAACCCGUUCUAUGACCGAACCUGCAAUAACGAGAUAGUGAAGAUGCAGCGGCUUACCCUGGAGCACCUCAAUCAGAUGGUGGGAGUGGAAUACAUCCUUCUUCACGCUCAGGAACCAAUUCUUUAUAUCAUUCGGAAGCAGCAGCGUCAGUCGCCAGCACAAGUGAUUCCUUUGGCGGACUAUUACAUCAUAGCAGGAGUGGUGUAUCAGGCUCCAGACCUCGGGACGGUUAUCAACUCUAGAGUGCUUUCUGCAGUCCAUGGAAUCCAGUCGGCUUUCGAUGAGGCCAUGUCCUACUGCCGCUAUCACCCAUCCAAGGGCUACUGCUGGCAUUUCAAGGAUCAGGAGGAGAGAGAAAAAGCUAAGCCUAAAACCAAAAAGAAAGAGGAGCCCAGUUCUCUGUUUCAGAGGCACCGUGUCGACACACUGCUUUUAGACCUCAGAUCAAAGUUUCCACCGACCUUCUAUCAGCCUAAGCCAGGGGAAAAGCCAAUUCCAGUUGAAGUAAAAAAGGAACCUGAAGCUCCAGCAGAAGCUGUGAAACAAGACGAAAGGGAGCCAGCCGCUAAGUCCUCCACCCCGGCUCCAGCCAGUAAACCACCGCCUGAGAAAAGGGCGAGGCUUCAGUAACAACCUUGAGGAAAUGGAGAAAUGCUGUUUCUGAAAGCUGCCUUCUUGGAGUCUUGUUUCCUCCCCAAACAGUGCAAACUCAUCUGCUUUAUUCGAACUGAUCGAAAGGUUGUCCAUCCCUUUUUGUGGUCAUAUAUACUUGGAAGAGCUUAACAUCUCAGGCAAUUGAACUAAAACAUGGGCUGCCUUACUGUUAUUAGCAGGAACUUUAAUAAUGAUUACGUUUUUUUCAGAGCUCAGCAGCAGCAGUUUCACCCCUCCUUUGAUUUUCACAUCAGCACCCCUUUUUUUCUUUUGUUGAUUUCAAACAACAGUUUUAAGGAUGCUUUCAAGAGGGUUUUUUUUUUAAAGCACGUUGUCAGUUAAAUGAAACAUGAAACUUCAACCUGAGUACUCACUUUUAGUAGUUUGUUAAAAAAAAAUAAUCCUUGUAUGGUUUUUGUUCUAAUAAAUUUUAUUUUUUCUUAA